GUUAUUAUAUGGGAAUAACACACAUGCAGAAAAACGAUUUUACAUAAAAAGUAGAUGAAGGAAAAAUGGAACCAGGAUAGUUAAAAACAGACUAAGAUUAUAGCAGAAAUGCCUCAAAUACGGACCUUCUGUCGUAUCAAGCCAACAGGGGACUACUAUCCAGAGUUUGAAGUGUCACAUGACACCCUCAGUUUACGAGUGCCAGAGCUGUUGAGGGACUACAACAAUCCAAAGGCUAACAAUAGAACUACGGUACACCAUGAGUUCCACUUUAACUACAUAUUUAAGAAUGUGGCUACACAGGAGGAAGUGUUUGAUGUUGCUGCUAAAGAUAUUGUAGCAGGAUUUUUGGAUGGUUUCAAUGGUACAAUCUUUGCUUAUGGUCAGACUGGUACUGGGAAAACAUUUACUGUUGAAGGUUAUGGUAAACAGUAUGAAAUGAGGGGCCUAGAACCCAGAUCUCUAUCCAUGAUAUAUAAAGCAUUGGAGAAACGUACAGAUGAAGAAAUUGAUGUGCACAUAUCUUAUAUGGAGAUAUAUCAAGAAGUGGGCUAUGAUCUACUGAACCCAAACUACAAACAACAGAAUCCAAACACACCAUUUCCUAGGGUCCAUGUGUUAGAAGGCACAGGUGGAGUGUGGGUUGUCAGAAACCUGUCAGUUCAUAAAGCUCCUACUGAAGAGAUUGCCCAACAACUAUUACAACAAGGCCAGCUUCAUCGUAAAGUAGCUGCUACCAGUGUACAUGAUAGAUCAUCACGGUCACAUGCUGUGUUUACUAUACAAAUGACAUCAAAGAAACCAGGCUCAGAUACUCUACUAAGAUCUAAACUUCAUCUGGUAGAUUUGGCUGGUUCAGAGAGAGUAUCUAAAACUGGAGUGCAAGGUCAUCAAUUGAAUGAAGCUAAAUGUAUCAACCUCUCUCUUCAUUACCUAGAGACUGUUAUAAUAGCACUACAGGGGGAAAGUGCUCCGCCCAGUAGACAAAGACCUGGUAGUGGAGGAGUCAAAAAAUCUAGAUACAAUUUACCAAACCGACCAGCUACAGCAGAGGGAACAAGAGUUGGAAAUAUCAGUAAACAUGUCCCAUACAGAAACUCUCUUCUUACUAUGGUCCUUAGGGACAGUUUGGGUGGAAAUUGUAUGACAUCUAUGAUAGCUACCAUUUCAUUAGAAUAUAAUAAUCUUGGUGAAUCCAUCUCUACCUGUCGUUUUGCUGGUCGUGUUGCUUGUAUAGCUAAUAGUGUAUCUGGCAGAAUAUGGAGAAAUGAACAGUUAGAUGAAAAAUCUUUGAUCAAAAAGUUGAAGAAAAAAGUAGCUGAAUUAGAAACAGAAUUAUCAUGUCUCAGACUUGCCAAGGAGGUUGGUAAUGCAGCUUUAGAUGGUAUGAAUACAAAAUUAACAGACGAGGAUAAAAUCAUGUGUGCUGAAAUCAUUCAAGGUUAUCUAGGAGGAAAAGUACCUGACCCCAUCACUGCAGGAAUAACAAAUCCUCAGAAGUUCAGAGAAUGUAUGAAGUUACUUAGAGGUAUGAUAAGAGAAGGACAAGACUUAAAUCAAGAAUUUUCUAACAAUAACAAAAGUAUCGAAUAUCACAAAAAUGAUCAAAAUUGGAGAUCAACUGACAAUCAUUUAAACAAGAAGAAUAUUCGUUCCAUUACUCAUAACCAAUCACAGACCAGGAGGAGAGCCUUUGAAGAGAAGAAAGUUCUGACAUCAAAUGAAGAUCCAGAAGUGGAUGUGUUGAGAGUUCAUCCUGAUACACGUAUACAGCAAAAUCAAGCCCGAAAAGAAGUAGAGAUCCCUAUAACAAAUGCUUGGACUGCUGACACCAGGGAAGCAGCCCAAAAACCUGUCCGGAGGAAACCACGUCAGCCUGUCAGGGAAUCUACACUAUCAGAUGAGGAAAAUAGAGAAGAAAACAAACCACAAGAUCCAGUCAGUCGUUUGACAUCACUACUGGAGGCCCAUAAAAGGAGGAGUAGGAAAUAUCAAACACCAUUUGAAAAGAAACGAGUGAAGGAGAUAAAAACAUUAAAUUCUAAAGUUCAUCAGAUGCAACAGGAGAAAUUAGAGAAAGAAGAAGAAAUCAUUGAAAUGAAAUUAAAUCUGGCCACUCAGGAAUUAGAUAUGAUGGAACAGGAGAUUAAAACAAACUUAGAUGUAACAAAAGAUCAAGUAACAGAUCAGCAUGCCUAUGUACAACAACUUAGAUCCACUGAGGCAGAUCCUAAUCUGGUGGAACAAGAAAAACUGGUGGAAAAACAACUCAGGAAACGACAGGCAAAGUUUGAUAAAAAGUUGGAAUUUAUAGAUGAGAAACGCCAACAGUUAAAUGAACAGUCAGAACAUAUUAUGGCUGAGAUUGGUAGUGCUAAACCAACUAUUGUGGAUAAGUUUGGAAAGUUCCGUAAACAUGAUGGAACGUUAAAUACCAGACAGGUCUACGAUUUGUUGAGAAACGAGGAGAAGAAACAUGAAAGGGCUCAGACAGAUCUAGAUAGAGAAAAAUACAUGGUACUAAGUCGACAGUUAGAGAUGAAAGAAGAAGCCACAAGACAAAAAUUACAAGAAUUUAAAGAAAUGUUACGCAUGUCUAAAUCUGCAGGAUACCCAGAUGGACUUGUAUUACAUAAUGGUGAUCGUAACAUGAAUACAGCUCCUGCUAAAGGCAUGUUCAUGCAUCGAGAACCGUCUCGGCAUGCAUCACGACAUGCAUCAAAACCAGUUCAAAUUGUAGAACAGGAGGAGGAGAAUUAUCCGAGGUCUGCACAGACCAGGGCAUCAGAUGACACUUUUGUAACAGCUAAAAGUGACUUUGAUAGGGACGAGGAUGAUCAAGAAGAAUAUCCUAAAUCUGCUGUUACUCGAGUUUCUGGUGCUACAUUUUUCACAGCCAAAUCAAAUUUUGAUCGUCCUCCUUCAAGAGCCAGUCUGAGAUCAUUUCAAAGCAGCAUUCCAGAUUCAGAUUUUUAUGCCAAAAGAAAACAAGAAAAGGAUCCAACUGUAAGAUGGGAAUCAGCAUUUUCACGGCCACCUUCAUCUGCAGCGAGCAGACAGGCUUCUGUAGCUGAUUUUCACAGUGAGUUAAAAAGAAAUGCUGAAAAAGAGGUUCAGUUUUUAUCUCCAGAAUAUAUGACUGAUGAUUACAAGUCUUCUUCUAGAAAAUCUGAACGAAGACGUGAAAUUAGCAGUGAUCGGGAAAAUGGUUUUGAGUCUGAACCAGAAGAAACAAUGUUGCCAAGUAAUUAUGUGUAUGGAAUGAGUAGAGGAGAUAAAUUUGAUGCCAGAAAAAUGGGCCUUGCCUCAAAUACCUUUGAUUCUGCUUUAGCAUCAAUGUUGGACAAAAGUGAAUCUAACGUUUAUUAUGAUCAUGAGGAUUAUAAUGAUUAUGCUAGGAAUACCAAUCCUAGCUUUUUUGGUGAAGCCCCAAGUCGUAAAAGUCGUGGUACAUCUCGACAGAGAUCAGAUCAGAUACAGGCAGCUUAUGGUGUUAGACAGGGUAGGAGUAGAGACCGGCAGAGUUCUAGAGAUUCCUGGUUAAGACAGAGUAGUCAUAGUCGGGAGAGAAAGAGCACAAGUCGUGACCGUAAGACAAAGAGCCGAGACAGAUGGAGGGAUAAGUCAAUGGAUAGUGAUUAUAGCGAUGCAGAACAGAAAAAGCCAAAACCAAAAACUCCAAAUAUUAAGUACAGAAACUGGGGACCUAUGGCUAGAGAGACGUCCAUUUUAGACAGAUUGGCUUCUACAUCUAUUAAAACUCCAGAAAAGAAGACAAGAACACCAUCAAAGUCUAAGGAAGAUAAAAGUUUUGAUGAUAUGGUAGUUGGUCAUAACAUGAAAAUGGAGUAUGUUCCUAAGAAAGCGAAUCACUAUACUCAGUCCAGCAAACCUCAGUCUACACCAGUAGAACCUGCUAACGAUGUGGAGAAUGCCUUCCAAUCCAAAGUACAAUCUCAUAAAGAACGGGUCGCCAAAAUCAGGAAAGCCAGGAGAUCGGCAGAACUUAUACAACGAGCAUGGAGAAACUAUAUCAAAAAAAAAAACAAAAAGAGGCGUUAUUAAAAUCAAAUCAGACUGUAAAAUAAGGGUACUAUAGAUAAAUUUGUGAUAUUAUUUUUAGUUUUAGGGCCAAAUUUGCAUUUUUUUAGGACAUGUUAAGAAUUUGUAUUGUUGAAAAUUCUGAAAUGUGAUUAGUUAUGCAUUUGAUAUUUUUAGAAUUUCCUAUAUUGAUAGAAGGCUAGUCAGAAUGUUUUGUUAAAUAGUCUGUGAUAUCACUUGUUUAUUCAUUCCACCAAAAACGUGCUAUCUUUAAGUAUCUUAUUUCUAAACCCUUAAUUGACUUCAGGGAAAAUUCACAGGCACUUGGGGAAUGGACAUCCCUUUUUCUAACUUUUAUUUUCUUGUGUUUACUUUAUUUUAGUAAAUAUUAUUGAAUAUUGUAAGGAUCUGAUUAGACAAAUUUCCUUUUUUUUCAUUCUUUACAUAACUGUUGAAAUAUAUUUCUGUUCACAAUUUUAAAUUAACACCCCUAUAUUUGGCAGAAUUUAUUUCAAAACUAGUGCAAUUUUUUUACUCUUUCACCAAUUUCCUGAUGUUAUAUAAAUAUACACAUAUCAUCAUUGACCAUUGAUUUUCUCCGUGCCUUAAUAUUUAUUUCUGGAUAUUACGAUAUCUUUCAUAUUCUGUUCCAUAUGAUUUUGUAAUGUUAAAUCAUAUUUCUAGUAAAUGCUAGAUAUUUUUUAAAGGAACACAAAAUUAAUUUUCUGUGUUGAGGUAAUGAAACUCAGUAUUGAAAAUUGUGACUUUGCUAUGCAAGUUUUGUGGAAAAACGUAUUUUGCUUAGUGUAGGAAUAUUCAAUUGAACCAUAAAUGGCUUUAAUACAAUCAGAUUUUUGUAAUGUAAAUGUAUGGUACCGGUAAUGAGUUUUAGACUGUAAUAGUUUUUACAAAUCCUAUUUAGGAGAGUAUUUCCAGUGUUUACUAGUGUUAAUGAAUAUCAUAGUUUUGAUUCCAAGAAGUAAAAUACAAAUACAUAUAUCUUUGAAAAAAAUAAAUACAAAUUAUUUUUGAUAGUUUUGUGAUGUAGAGAAAAAGUUACUGCUGGUAUCUGAUACCGGUGAUAAAGCAUUAAAAUCAAAGAGAAAGUUUUCUCUGAAGAGAACUGUCCAAGUUUUGAGUUUACACAAAUUUUCUGGAAAAAAAAGUAUUUUAUUUAUUUUUGAAUUUUCCGUCCAAAAUGAGUUUACCACCAAUAUUUAUUGUGAUAUUGAUUUAAAACAUUCCAUUUUUUUAUGACAGAUUUUUUAUAUUUAAAUUUUUUAGAAGUUGAUGUUUAGAUACAUUUAUAUUUAUCGCAUUUAUAUUUAUUGUAAAAACAGUUAUGAGAAUUGUCCUUGCCAUAUCUUAUGUACAGAUCAGAAUUUAGGUAACAUUUAAUGUUAUUUUUGUUUUGAUGUGCUAGUAAUACAAUUACCUCCAGAAUGCAUUUUUCUGUCUCAAACAUUUAAAAGAAGACUACUGUUUUCUCUUAUGUUGACCAUUGUCAAAGGAAAGGAUAAGGUUCCCGAAGGGUUAAAAUUGGCCCUAAAUUUAUAAAAAAAAAAAAUCAGGCUAAAAAUUUACCAAUUUCAUAAAGAAAUACUUGUGAUAAUCCUAGUAAGACUAAAAAAAACUUUUUUGCAACCUUCCUUUAAAAUUUUUGAACCCCAUUAAUGUACAUUAUUAGUAUUUUAGGUAAAUUUUGGUAUUGUUAUGCAUCAUUUAUGGGCAUUUUAUGUCCCAUUUAUGGGCAUUAUGUUUUCUGGUCUGUGCGUCCAUUCGUUUGUCCGUCUGUUCGUCUGUCCCGCUUCAGGUUAAAGAUUUUGGUUGAGGAAUUUUUUGAUGAAGUUAAAGUCCAAUCAACUUAAAACUUAGUACACAUAUUCCCUAUGAUAUGAUCUUUCUAAUAUGAGAUUUUCCCCCAUUUUUACAGUCCACUUCGGGAUUGUGAACUUUGUGGUGUUUUCUAAUAUAGUUGAUUUUUAGGUCAUUUUGGACCAUAAGUGAACCUUGUCCUUUAACUUAUUUGUUCAAUUUCUUAGAUGUAACAAUUUAAAUAAUGUAUUUAUUUUGAUUGAUAGUACCAUGCACUGUCGUUAUGAUUUCCCAAUGUUUUUAUUGUUACUACUACAAAAAUCAUCAAAAUACUUUUUGACUUUGUAAUUGUAUUUUCUUUGCAGCAGUAUAAAAAUUACUGACAAUGACUUUGUUAGUAUUACCGAUGUGAGUACAUCUUGUAACCAUGACAAAAUAUCAAUGAUGUUACUGGUUCUCGUAUUAAUGACUACCAGAUACGUAUAUCAGUGAUAUUAUAGUCAUGUGCCCAUGACAAUUUUAAUAUUGAUGAUGUCAGAGGUUUUGUGAUAAUUGACAAUAUUAUUAAUUUGUAUUAUUUAACAAAUUUGAUUCGUUUAGGCAUAGUCACAUGUUAAACUAUAUUUUCGAAGGUAGAGAGAAAACGGUGUAUAGCAAAAAGCAUAUUGACCUGCAAAAUGCAUAUCGCACGGUUAUUUUUAGAAUAUCUAAAAACCGAUAUACUUUGUGACGUCAUGUAAUGAAUUUCAGGAUAUUGUUUAACGUUUUGAAACACAUGAUAUCUGUGAUCAAUAAUUUGACUGAAAAAAUCUUCAAAAACAUAAAAUGUAAAAAAAAAAAGAAAUUAAAUAACAACUAAUAU